AUGUCCUUGGUACACUUCCAACUUCGCGGACACAAGACUAUCGCCCUGAUAGGCGGCGCGACAGCUCUGAUCGGUGACCCUUCUGGUCGUUCGACCGAACGGCCACACAUGGCAGAAGAGCGCGUCGAGGCGAACUUCGUCCGCCUCCGUGCUAGCGUGGAGAGGUUCUUCGAGCACGCGCAGGACUAUGCAAGCUCACGAUUGUCGGCCUCGCUCCACGAUGAGCGCUACAACGUGCGCAUCCUGAACAACGCAGACUGGUUCCGCCGAUUGAACGUAUUGGACUUCUUACGCCUGGCAGGCACGCACGCCAGGGUCAAUGCAAUGCUUGCACGCGAAAGUGUCCAGUCACGCCUCAAUUCUCAACAAGGCAUCUCCUUUUCGGAAUUCAGUUACCAACUCCUCCAGGCGUACGACUUCCUAUGGCUUCAUCAGAACACUGGUUGCACUGUACAGAUUGGCGGCUCUGAUCAGUGGGGCAACAUCGUCGCCGGUAUCGAUCUUAUCAAUCGCACUGCCCACGGCGGUCAGGCAACACCGCUCGCAUCCGAGGAGGAAGACAGCCCGCAGAAGGGUUUUGGUAUCACAACACCGUUGCUCACCACCGCGAGCGGCGAGAAAUUCGGGAAAAGCGCGGGCAACGCCGUCUGGCUCGACCGGUCCCUGACGAGUGUAUUCGACUUCUACCAGUUCUUCCUACGCACGCCGGAUGCCGAUGUAGGCCGGUACCUCAAGCUAUUCACUCUUCUCCCUCUUUCAACCAUCGAAGAGGCGCUCGUAGAGCACGCGAAACACCCAGAGCUGCGUGCCGCGCAGAGGCUCUUGGCUGAUGAGGUCACGACCCUUGUCCAUACCGAGGAUGGCUUAAGGCAUGCUCAUGCGGCGACGCGUGUGCUCUUUGGAACGGACCUUGCAGAUGUACGGGCCGCGGAUGCGGUGAACGCACUCGAGGGCGAUCCGCGGCUGCAUACCGUACAGGCGGCUGACGCAGUCGGCGUACCUGUCGCUCGCCUCGCGCAAACGGUCGGGCUCGUCAAAUCUUUCGGUGCCGCGAAAAGCUUGAUCAAGAUGGGCGGUCUCUAUCUGAACGGAAAGGCAAUCUCGAUAGAUAAGACUCUCGAUAACACCGAUCUUUUGGACGGCAGUCUGGUCAUCUUGCGUGCGGGGAAGAACAAUCAUGCGAUCGUGACCGUACAGUAG